AUGCGGGGUACCAAAAUAAUUUCCAUGGUCGUGGGGAACGUAAAGUUCCUGGACAGCCUAAAUUAUUUCCCCAUGGCACUGUCCAAGCUGCCCAAGGCUUUCGGCUUGGGCGAUAAUUUCAAAAAGGGGUACUUCCCACACCUUUUCAAUACUUCAGCCAACUCAAAUUACGUAGGACCCCUACCGGCAGCAGAAUACUAUGACCCCGACAACAUGAAACCAGAAGAUCGUUCCAAGUUCCUCGAGUGGCACGAGGAACACAGGGAUGACGAGUUCGAUAUGCAGCGCGACCUAGUCGAAUAUUGCAUAUCGGACGUGGAGAUCCUGACGGCUGCAUGUCUCAAGUUCCGACAGCAGCUGAUGGAAACGGGGAACGUCUGCCCGUACACGGAAGCCUGCACUAUAGCCUCUGCGUGCAAUAAGGUGUACAGGCGCAACUUCCUCAAGCCAAACACCAUCGGCAUCAUCCCCAAAGGCGGCUACAGAUGGCGCGACAACCAAAGCAAGAUAGCCAUACAGUGGUUAGUGUGGGAGGAACACCAGCGACAAAUAAACAUUCAACACGCUGCUAAACAGCAAGAAUCUCGAGUCGCCGGUGUAAAAGUCGAUGGGUACUGCGAGGAAACCAAGCAGGUGUUUGAGUUUAACGGCUGCUACUUCCACGGCUGCCCCGCCUGCUUCAAAUGUAAUAGAGACAUCCCCAUGCCCGAAGACCCCUCCCAGACAUUAAACACCCGCCAUGAAGCCACCCUUGCAAAGAUACAAAGACUUCGAGACCUCGGUUACGAGGUCAUUGAAAUGUGGGAAUGCGAGUUUAGGCGGGAUCUUCAUAAGAACGACAACGAAAUCCGCAACUAUACUGAAAACCACCCGCUCGUAACCCUAACACCGCUAAACCCCAGAGACGCUUUCUACGGAGGCCGCACAGGGAACACGGUCGAAUACUACAAGUGCGGCCCAGGCGAAAAAAUCAAAUACGUUGACGUAUGCUCCCUUUACCCCUGGGUCUGCAAAUACGGCAAGUUCCCCGUAGGCCACCCCAAGGUGCAUGUGGGCGAGGAAUGUCCUACAGAUCUUCGCAAUGUAAACGGACUUGUUAAAUGCAAGAUCCUCCCACCCCAGCAUCUCUACCACCCGGUGCUCCCCGCCAAGAUGAAUAACAAGCUCAUGUUUGUUCUCUGUCGCACCUGCGGAGAACACAUGAACACGAGCGAAGAGUGCCGACAUAGCGAUGUAGAGCGAGCUCUGACGGGGACAUGGGCGACGGACGAGGUGUUGAAAGCCCUUGAAAAAGGGUAUCGUCUGCUGAAGAUCCACGAGAUAUGGACCUACGACGUUCAGCAGUACGAUAAGGCCACAAAGAUCGGAGGUCUCUUCACGGAUAUGAUGAACAAGUUCAUCUCCGUGAAGCAACAGGCGUCCGGCUGGCCCGCCCAUUGUACCACAGACGAGGAGAAGGAGAGAUAUAUUGAGCAGUUCCUCGAGAGGGAAGACGUCAGACUGGAGUUUGCGGAGAUCUUGGAGAACCCCGGUCUUCGAUCUCUCGCAAAACUCAUCUUGAACAGCUUUUGGGGGAAGUUGGGACAGAGGGAGAACCAGCCCAAAACAUCUAUUGUGAGAAACCCCGCUGAAUUCUUCAGCAUGCUCACAAACCCCAGCAUCUACGUUAACUCGGCGCUCCCGAUCAACGAAGACACGCUCGUCGUUAACUGGGAGCACAGGGAGGAGGCCUACGACCCGCUCGCUACCGUAAAUGUCGUCAUAGCCGCUUACGUCACUACCCAGGCACGCCUAAAACUGUACAGUUACCUGGAACAGCUGGGCGACAGGGUCCUGUACUACGAUACGGACUCUGUCAUUUACGUGACUAAAGACGAAGAGUACGACGUACCUACAGGCGAAUUCCUCGGUGACAUGACGGACGAACUGGAAGGAUACGGACCCGAAAGCUACAUAUCCGAGUUUGUCAGCGGAGGUCCGAAAAACUACACAUACAAGGUCUUCUCCACCAGAGAUAAUGAGGAGAAGGUCGUGUGUAAAGUUAAGGGUAUAUCCCUUAACUACUCAGCCUCACGACUGGUAAAUUUCGAUACCAUAAAAGAUAUGGUGUUGGAUACUUCCACUGCUCCGGUAUGCGUGGCCUCGAGAAACAUCUUGAGGACCAAGGAGCACGAGGUGGUUACAGUACAGCAAACCAAGCUAUAUAAACCUCUCUCCUGCAAGAGACGGUUCUUUGACGACCACAGCUCGGUGCCCUACGGUUUCAAAAGACCAAGGCUUUAA